UCAAGAUUCCUUUUAGGCUCAAUCAAAAAAUCACAAUCUAAUAAGAACAAAAAUUGAUCUUUUAGACUCAAAUACAGUAACAAGCAAAACCCUAAUCCCAAUCGAAUUCACAUUCUUCAUUUCUCAGGUUUAACUAUGGCUGAUGAGAAUGCUGCCAAUGGGGAUGUUUUUGAUGAUGCAGUGGAGAUCGAAGGAGAGGAAGAUUCUGAUGCUGCAUUGAAAACAGCUCCUUUGACACACAAGAUUGCUGCUUUAGAGCAAGAGAAUAAUCAGCUUUUUCGCGAGAACCAAGUCAUCAAAGAGAGGAUGGAGAAAUCUAAACACUCAAUCGAGGAAAUCCAGAACGAAAAAGUGGAGCUGCAGAAGAAGGCAGAGAAGUUUGAGUCGGAGAAUAGGGAUUUAGGAUCGGUAGCUGCCCGAGCAGCAGAGCUCGAGGGUGAACAGUCUCGACUGCAGCAUGAUCUCAUAACUUCAAUGAACGAUCUGGAAGAAUCGAAUUCUGAGUUAUCGAAACUGAAGUUGGCCCUAGAGGGGUUAAAGAGUUGUGAGAAUGAGAAGAGUGUGAAAUUGGAUGCCAUUGAGAGUGAAAGGAAUUUGUUAUUGGUGAAAGUCAAGAAGUUCGAAGCAAGUGAAAAAGAUCAGAGAGCUGAAGUAGAAGCGAAAGAGAAAGAAAUUAGGGGCUUGAAGAAACAGCUUGAGGAUUUAAAGACCACUGUGAAGAACAACGAGGCGUGGAAAAAGGAGAAGGAGGUGCUUCAUACGGUGAAAGAUCAGUUGGAGAAGAGGGUAAUAGAAAUGAUGAGUAAAGUGACCGAGUUGGAGAAGAAGUUGGAGGAGAAGGAAACAUUGGUUACUGAAAGAGAUGUCGACAGCAAUAUUAAUGGUAUUUCAGGAGAGGAUAAGGUUAAAUCUCCCGGUGGCAGUUUAGACUUAUUAGUGGUGGCUGCUUCUUCAGUUGCUGCCAUUGCUGUGGUAGGUAUUUUGUGCUUUCUUCGAUAUGCAAGAAAACCAUAAACUGAGAGCUUGUCUUGAAGAAGUCUGAGUUUUUAACCUGACCAAGUAUGGACGUUACAAUUUUUGAUAGCGCUUUGGUUAUGUUGGGCUUUCGUAUUUAGCUUUUUGUUAUCUCACCUGAUACUAGAUCGGAUUUGUUAUCUUGAUUAGCUAGUUCCAUGAACUGCAUUUUGUUUGCUAAAGUGGACUAGGCUACAUAAUUCUGUUAGUACAUCUCUUUCAGCUGCAGGAGUUUUUAUUGCAACCAUUGUUUUCCCCAUUGAAACAAGUUUGUUGGUGUAACCAUUCAAAGAAAUCAUUUGUAUUGCACUGAAGCAUUGAAUUCAUAUGUAGUACUGAUUUGUCUCUAAUAAUGAAGUUCGUAUAUAACUCUACUUUAGUCGA